AUGAAAAACUAUACUAUAACAACAUUCGUACUGCUGGGACUGACAGAUGACCCUCAGCUGCAAGUUCUGAUUUUUAUCUUUCUAUUUCUCACUUACAUGUUCAGUGCAAUGGGGAACCUGACCAUCAUCACUCUCACCUUUGUGGAUUCCCAUCUUAAAACACCCAUGUACUUUCUUUUACAAAAUUUCUCCUUUUUAGAGAUUUCAUUCACAAGUGCCAGUAUUCCUAGAUAUUUGUAUAACAUAGCAACAGGUGACAAGGUCAUCACUUACAAUGACUGUGUCAUCCAAGUGUUUUUUACUGACCUUUUUGCAGUAACAGAAUUUUUUCUCCUGGCUGCCAUGUCCUAUGACCGCUAUGUGGCCAUCUGCAAGCCCCUGCAUUAUGUGACCAUCAUGAACAGCAGAGUUUGCCUGAGGCUUGUUCUUUGCUCUUGGUUGUCUGGAUUGUUGGUCAUAACCUCCCCAGUUAGUCUGGGACUAAAUCUGGAAUUCUGUGACUCGAAUAUCAUUGAUCAUUUUCUCUGUGAUGCUUCUCCUCUCAUGAAGAUAUCAUGUUCAGACACAUGGUUCAUGGAACAAACUGUUUUAAUCUGUGCUGUACUGACACUCAUCUUGACUCUUAUGUGCGUAGUUCUAUCUUAUACUUCUAUUAUUGUGACAAUUUUAGGAUUUCCUUCUGCCCAACAAAGGAAAAAGGCCUUUUCCACCUGUUCUUCCCACAUGAUUGUGGUUUCCAUCACCUAUGGCACCUGCAUGUUCAUCUAUAUGAAUCCUACUGCAAAGGAAGAAGUGACUGUUAAUAAAGUAGUUUCACUACUUAUUUUUUCUAUUUCCCCUAUGUUAAAUCCAUUUAUUUAUACCCUGAGAAAUAAGCAAGUAAAGAAAGCCUUCAAUGACUCAAUCAAAAAAAUGGCAUCAUUCUUAAAUAAGUAA